AUGACUGAGAUGAGAUCCAGCCCCGCUUUCGGGUGCCAUCUUGCGUUGUACUUUCAUGUCAGUGGAGACAACAUCCCAAGUCUUGAACUGCUCGAUGCAUUGCAUCGAGAUGAUCGGGCGGCGAUAGCGUCCCUCGUCCAAAAGAUGGAUGUGUCGACCGCGAAGCCCAAUCUUGAGUCGCCUUUGCACAUGGCAGUCCAAUGCGCACUGCCUGCGACCAUUGAAUAUUUGCUGUUCGAGCUUCAGGUGGACCCCAAUAUGCCCGAAACAGACACGGGCAAUACUCCUCUCCAUCUUGCCGUGUCGACAAAUCGGAUCGAGGUGGCUCAGCUGCUACUUUCCCAUCCUGCGAUCAACGACUCUCUCCAAAACAAAGAAGGGAAGACGCCAGACCAACUUGUUACCUCUUAUGAGAUGAUGCAAGUUUUACAGAAGUCACACAACACACUGCGUGCUUUGAUACAGAAGCACCUGGACGAGUUCGAGGCACAAAGGUCGCGUGGUGACCCCGCAAGUGACGAAGAGGCGAAGCUAGUUGAAGUGAUCAGUCGUCCUAGAGUGACUGCGGUCGAUCUUGCUACUUCUAGCAGCGCUACCGGCAAGGAUGUGCUGCACACAGCCGUCAAGUACAAAAGUGUAAAUCUCAUCAAGGCGGCGAUGGCCCAUGGAGCUGAUCCCUACGUGAAAGACAUGAGCGGCCAGAGCGCUAGUGACAUGACGAAUGACGAGCAGAUCCAUGCCUUGCUCCGCCAGAUGGCGCUUGCGGGGGCAGAAAACUCGUUAGCGCAUCAGCAGGCUCCUAUUUACAGAGGCUUUAUGGAAAAGUGGACCAACUAUGUCCACGGCUACAAGGUCCGCUGGUUUGUAUUGGAAAAUGGUGUACUUUCCUACUACCGAGGCCCAGAUGAUGAAGGCCGCCAGGCCCGGGGCGUAAUGCAUCUGCGGUUCAUGACCAUUGUGCCCGAUCGGAAGGAGCGCAACCGCUUCGAGAUCAUUAGCAGCAAGGACAAGGAUGCUAUGCGGUGGUUCUUGCGAAGCAGUGAUUUUGCCGAGUGCACGCGAUGGAUUCAGCUUUUGGAAAAGGCGCGCCAAUUUUAUUGCCAUGACACAGCUCCUACGGGAGAAUUAUUGACUGCAAAGAGUCAGGGUACAAUGGAGUCGAACUCGCCCAUUCAGCUCACCAGUACUAGCAAAAAGGAGGAGGAUUUGGACUUGCAGCAUGCUUCAAUGCAGGAUACACCCGCCGACGAGGAUAUGAGUGAAAUCGGCAGCAUCGAUGAUGGUGGAUUGGAACAAGAGCCAGGUGCGAUGCCUUACUCGGCCAAUUUCGCCAGGGUCAACAACCUCAUGGACUUACACUUUGAAGUCGUGCUGAAAUUGGUCGAUGAAUUGGACAGCCAAGCCUCGACACAGGGCUCAGUGCCCACUGGCCAGUCUGUGGCGACAACUAACAGCUCCAAUAUCGUCAUUCCUACUACCUCGGUGGCUGGCCAACCAGCGCAGCCUGUCAUGUUAGGUGGAGUGGCUGGCCAGGCCUCUAACUCUGAUGCCGCCGGAUCACAAAUUCGCAUGGCGCUUCGUCGGUCGCUGGAAGAACGUGCACAGCUUUGGAAAGAAUUCAGCAAUAUGGUGCGCGAACGUGAAGGCUAUCUUAUGAAGGAGCUUGAGCGUGUGAACCGUACUUGUCAGCUGUGGGAAGAGCAGAUGACCGUGUUGGGUGGACAACACAGGCAGCUGGAAAACGAUUUACAUGAAGCAGCCAGUGAGAACAGGCAGAUGCGCAAGGAACGACGUCAAUUCGUGAGCCAUAUGCCCACCACUGAAGAACCUGAAUCUAUGACCCAGGAGCAAACAAAUGAAGCCGGUUCCAGUAUGAGUGCACCUGUAGGUGCUACCGCUGGUGCUGUGAGUGCCACCGUGGGCGCCGCUGCAGGUAUGGCUGGUUCGAUGCUAUCCAAGAUGAUGCCCUCCAGCUGGAAUGCCCGACAGGAGAGUAUGGAUGAAGAGGAUGAGUUCUUCGACACCGUGGAUUCGAACAACAUUCCGAACCUUCAUGUGGAAGGACCUCUUAGCCGACAGGGCACUAUGGAGUCGGGCUGGGACUCGAAGGAUGCCACAGAGGGUGCCACAGAGGGUAACGCAGAGGGUGCCACAAAGGAUGAGAGUGCACCUCAGCCCAAUGCCGAACAGGGUCCAGCUGGUGUCGUCGGAGAGCAGGUUAGUCAAGAAAAAGAUGAACCUAAGGAAGAGGGAGCAUCAUCGCCGGAUAACAACCAAAGCAAAAACACAGAAAAUACACAUGAACAAAACGGUACACAUUUCCUCGAGGGACCAGGCUAUGAGCCCUACAAGCAUCUCCGCCAUAAGAUGCCGAUCGGUAAGGAUGAGCGUCCAGUCAUGUCUUUGUGGGGUAUCUUGAAGAACAACAUUGGCAAGGACUUGACGAAGAUCUCAUUCCCCGUGGCUUUCAAUGAGCCGACAUCCAUGCUUCAGCGUAUGUCAGAAGACUUGGAGUUUUCUGAGUGCUUGGACGCGGCUGCUUUGCAGUCGGAUUCAACGCGCCGAAUCAUGUAUGUGGCAGCCUUUGCGAUGUCGAACUACAGCUCGACGAUUGGCCGCAUUGCGAAGCCCUUCAACCCAAUGCUUGGCGAAACGUUCGAAUACAUUAGUGUCGAUGGCCAGUACCGCUACAUCAGCGAACAGGUCAGUCACCACCCACCGAUCUCGGCAUGCUUCUGCGAGUCGCCUGGAUGGGAGUACAUGGGGUGCGUGGAUGCCAAGUCGCGCUUUCUUGGCCGGUCGUUUGAAAUCACACCAACAGGUGUGGCCCAUGUUCGCCUCAAGAUAAAGCCUGAGUGGGUCCCCGCGCAGAAACGAGACUCGCUUCCUCCUUCGCCUGAUAACGAUGGGUUGUUGAUGGAGCACUACUCUUGGAACAAGGUUACUACCUCCGUGAGCGGCUUCAUUACAGGCUCCACUACUAUCGACCACUUCGGCGACAUGAAUGUGGUGAAUCAUGUUACGGGUGACAAGUGCACAUUGUCAUUUAUGCCUCGAGGAUGGCGCAGCGCAAAUGCCUAUGAGAUUAGGGGCCAUGUCACUGAUGCUAGUGGUAACAAGGUGUGGGACAUUGCUGGUCGCUGGAGCAGCCAAUUGUUAGCGCGUCAUGCAAACAGUCAAGGUGGUCUGAACCCUGAUGCGAAGCACAGCGGUGCAGACCCUGUGGCCAGUUCGAAGAACGACAAUGAGUAUCUCCUUCUCUGGCGUAACAGUGCUAAGGCAGAUAUCCCCUUCAACCUCACUCCGUUUGCUGUUACUCUCAACUCGAAGCCUGAUGGUUUGGCCCAGUGGUUGCCCCCUACGGACUGCCGACUUCGACCUGAUCUGGCUGCCUUCGAGGUUGGAAAGUUCGACGAUGCAGACCAACUCAAGGUGGAGUUGGAGAACCUACAACGCUCUACACGUCGCAAGCGUGAAGAGGGUCAGCUCCCACCGCACAAGCCACGUUGGUUCUCGAAGACGACAGACCCUGACACAUCGGCCCAGUUCUGGAAGCCCCACACGUCGAAAGACAGUUCUGGUCGUGAGACAAUGGAUUACUGGAUUGAGCGCAACAAGGUUGGAUCCAAACGUAUUCACAAUGAGCCUGCUCAGUGGGAAGGUUGUGACCCAAUCUUUGGCGAAGCGUCGAAGUAA